GGGCCAUUAAAGAGCUCUGAGAUCACGGUCUCGGGGCUAACGUUUGUUAGCCUCUGUUCUAAAUAUAGUUAAUAGGCCGAGCACCACCCUUUUACCAACCGAACCCCAUCUUGGGUCUAGGGUAGGAAUGGGAUUAGUGAGGGGCCGAGGAUGGUGGAGUCACGAUAGGAGGGGCGGAGAGCCGCGGGUUGGGACGGGAGAUAGCCUGGGAGGGACAAGGACCUGGUGGCCUAGGGCCUAUCCAUGGUUUGUGGGGAAGCUCUCUCCGAAUCCGAAGCUGGGAAAGACGCAAGAAACGUGAGAGAGAGUGAGAGAGCGACGCGGUGGUGAGAGGGGCCGGCGAGGAGUGGGUAUGGGGUUGCGUAGGACCAACACGCAAACAGCAGCAAGGAACAGCCCAAACACGCAAAGAACAGUAAAUAGACCCAACUCCGACAGCCUGCCUGCCCCACGAUGCCCCUCACUCUCUCCCAAGAUACUACUGAUAUAGCAGUCCCUGCGCUGUACCCCAGGCCCAACCCAGCUUAUAAAACGCCGGAUAAUUGGCGCUACAGGGAUGGAGCGACGUUCAUGCGCCAAGCCUUUCAACUAGCUGCAGCCCGUAGCCCGUGGCCCGUGGCCCGUGGUUGCAGUUGCAGGGCGUGGGCCGGCCCCCAUGGGUCUGUCGAUGGGUCCCCCUUCCCCCCCACAGUCCCAUCAGCAUCCCAUCCGGAAUCCCCCCAAUCACGCAGAUCUCGCAAUCACGGGCUCGAUCCGCGGUCGUAUCCCACCCUUCGUCUUGGAGGGGGGCCUGAGGGGAUUGAAGAGGGGGGGAUGGCGUCCCGGCUCCCAUUGUCGAACCCUGGCGUGAUCGCCCCUCGAGAAACAUGGUCAUGGCCAUGGGAUAGGGAAAUGGAGAUGGAAAAUGGACAAGCAACGCUGCGGCUUUGCGAGGCGUCGUUUGCCUUUUCCACCCCUACCCCUCCCGUCCCCAUCCCUUAGCCUCUGAGAUCCUUGGGGAGGGUCCUGGUGGUAGGAAUAGAGCCCUUGCUGGUCCGGGGAGCUUGAAGCUUGAUACGCAAGGUGGCGGCGGAGGAGGGUUGUCGUUCAAUGGCCAGCCUACGGCGCGGAGAUAGCUAUGCAGCGAGAACGUGUGAGGAGGAGAAGGCGGCGGGUUUGGCUGCGGAGGAGGCACG